ACAGAUAAAAACGCACUCGUCUUAUAAAAUUCCCUUCAGUUGGAUAGUUUCGAGCUUAAGAUUUGUCGCGAGCAAAAAUUAAGCCUUCGACGUCGUUGAACGUCGACAUGCUUCAAUGGCGAAUUAAGUGAGUGUUUAAUUCUGAGAAAGUUACAUAAAAGAGCCGGAUGAAAUAAUUUGUUUCGUCUUGGAAAUCUUAGAAUUUCACGACCUUCGAUCGCGUUUUUUACCUGUCUGCUUUGCAAUCGUAUACGUUGCUUCGGAAGAUUACACAAAUUUUCGAAUUCAGCUGCAUAAACACAGGAACAAGUUACUCGAUCCAGCAGCGUUCAAUCGAUUAUAACAAGGAUAGUUGGAGAGAGGAACUGUAAAUCAUCGUACGGGCGGUCAUAAAAUGGUUUCCCCGUUCUUCAAGCCACGUUCCUCUUAUUGACGGAACUGGGCAGCACUCUGAGGAAACAUGUGUUGCGCCAAGUCUGCCGAAUAACAAUGCAAUUCCGUCGGGAAGGCGCAUAGGUGCGAGCAUUUCGUCGCCAUAUGGUGGACAGAACAACUGGUAGUAUUCGUGGAAUAGACACGGAACGGUCGGAAGACACGAACCGAAACGACAUGCUGCAGAUUUCCGAUGACAAGCUGUGGCCUCGAACAGACGGAAGUCCGGGAAAACCAGAAUUUCCACGUUUCGAACGGCAGUAUGGCAUGCAGGUCGAUAGAAAUAGUUCUGGACACACCUACGCGGUGAUUCUAUUCGCUGUGUUUACAGCGCAUAACACGUACGGCUUGGAUAUUCCCGUGUCGACAGUCGCAGGCCGCAAUGGUGAUUUCAACCGUAUCGUGAAUCACUCGGUAGCACCGUACGUGAUACCGACACGCGAUACUCGCUGUCAAUUCGCGUUACGUCGACGACCCCCGUGUGUCGCUGAUCCACGAAUUGCUAUAAAAACCGCGACCAAGCAUCCUGUGUGCGACCUACGUCUGCACGUGCGCCAUCGAUCCACGUGGGUGCUUCGAGACGAAUCGCCACGCUGUAAUUACAACGUUCGCCUGUCUUUUGGUGAUUUACCUUCGACGAUCGGAUCGCGAUGAUCGCGUGAUAAACGCGAGUUUUAAUUAUUGCCACAAAGUCUGAGACUCGCCUUUUUACGCCAGCCUGUAUAUGCAGAUUUCACGGUACUACGUUAAAACUUGUUUGGAAUAAAAAUUGCACCUCUGAAA